AGUCAUCGAUUUCAGAUAAGAUUCUACUUUUUGUUUUACUAGCCUGUGCUAUACAAAAUUGAUUUGAAAAUAAUAAUCAAUUUUUUCAAUGCUAAAGUAUAAUCUAAUUGUGGCCGUUUGUGAAGACUUUGGAAUAGGAUUGAAGGGAGAUUUGCCCUGGCAUCUUAACGUUGCUUGCAGAUCUGAGCUUAAGUACUUUAGCAGAACAACUAAGCUCAAAGGAAAUCCCGCUAAGCGCAAUGUCGUUAUUAUGGGUAGAAAGACCUACUUUGGGAUUCCACCGAAUAAGCGUCCAUUGCCUGAGCGGGUUAACAUUGUGCUUAGCACGACACUGAGUGCUGAGGACUUGCCUAAGGAUGUGCUGCUAUGUCGUAACUUGGACAUAGCUAUGCAAACUUUAGAGUCUGAAAAAUGGAUUGAAACAAUCGAAAACGUUUGGAUUGUCGGCGGCAGUAGAGUCUAUGAGGAGGCUUUGGCGUCGCCACGCUGUCAUCGUCUAUACUUAACAAAAAUAAAGGAGCACUUCAAUUGCGACACGUUCUUCCCCAGUAUACCAGAGAGCUUUUGUGAAAUUCCAAUAGACGAUAAAACCCCACAGGGUAUCCAAGAAGAGAAGGGCAUUAAAUACGAGUAUAAGAUAUUAGAAAAACAUUGAAAUAAAAUAUACAUAACUUUUUUAUUUAUGCCUAUCACGCAAA